AUGAAAUAUUUUAUUCUUAUGCUAAUAGUUUUUACUGCAUUUAGUGCAACCAUCGCUGACGAUGAAACAGAUGAAGCAGAAAAAGAGCCGGAAGAAAAAAAUGAAAAAACUGAGACCGAAGAUCGCAAAGAACGAAGUGUGCUAACAAAUUAUGAUCCAGCGAUAAUGGCACCAGAAAUGAACGCCGAUGCUGGUUUACUCUUUCGACGUAAAAUACGAUCGGAAGAAGGAUGUUGCUGUUGUUGA